GAGAGAGGCUUUUGCAACGGAGCACAGAAGAAAACGUUCAGUGGAGCAUUCUCAGUCCUUCCGAACAGCGCAAGUCCAUUCUCGCACAAUGAUAGCUGGGAGCACCUGAUCACAGGUACCAUGAGCGCCAUACCAGGCCGGGCAGCAAAAGCCCCUAAACGGGAGCUGGUGAUAGAGUCACCGCAGCAGUACAAGUGUUUGGCUGAGAUUGAGGCCGAAGUGGAGUCUGGGUCACAGGUAGCACUGGGUAAGCCCAGGCUCAUCGAGCCUCUGGACUACGAGAGCGUGAUCAUACAGAGGAAAAUGCAGAUCAUCAAUGACGCGCUACGGGACAUGCUACUGUUCCCUCUGGAUGACUUUCAGAUCUGUACUCUUAAGCGCCAAGAUCGGACUCUGUUCUCGACUGUGCCGGAAAAUGCAGAACAAGAAGCUCAUUCCCUGUUUGCCCAAGAGUGUAUCAAAUCCUAUAAGUCAGACUGGCAUGUGGUCAAUUACAAAUAUGAGGAAUAUUCUGGAGACUUUUGCCAGCUGCCAAAUAAAGCAAUAAGGCCUGAGAAGCUGGUCUCUCACUUGUUUGAAGUGGAUGAAGUGCUGGAAAAAGAUGAGGACACAGUUUCGCUCUGCUCUCACAAGGGAGGAGUGUCUAAACAUGGCUGGCUGUCUAAAGGCAACAUGAACAGUGCAAUCAGUGUUACUAUGCGGUCCUUCAAAAGGAGGUACUUCCACCUGGCUCAGCUGGGGGAUGGAUCUUACAACCUGAACUUCUACAAAGAUGAAAAUACCUCCAAGGAACCCAAAGGAACUAUCUUCCUUGACUCGUGCAUGGGAGUUGUACAGAGCAGUAAAGUAAGAAGGUUUGCCUUUGAAUUGAAGAUGCAGGAUAAGAGCACAUUCCUGUUGGCCGCAGACAGUGAACAAGAGAUGGAAGACUGGCUCAGUACCCUCAACAAGAUUCUCCACAGCAGCUUUGAACAGACCAUGCAGGAGAAACGCUACAGGGACUUACAAGAUGAAGAUGAUCAUGGAGACACAGACCUAUCCUCCGGAAGUUUUCAAGACAGCUUUCAGACGGCCAGAGAUAUGGAAUUUACAAUAAAGAGUGAAGCCCGGCUGAAGCUGUUCACAUUGGACCCUGACACACAGAAAGCGGAUUGCACUAGCACCGAACCGGACGUGCAUCAGUUUGAGGAGAAAUUCGGGAAGAGAAUCCUGGUCAGCUGUCAUGACUUGUCGUUCAAUAUGCGGUGCUGCAUUGCAGAAAAUCAGGAGGAACUAACAACUAACGUGGAACCUUUCUAUGUGGUGCUAUCCCUCUUUGAUGUUCAGAACAGCAGGAAAAUUUCUGCGGACUUCCAUGUAGAUCUCAACCACCCUUUGGUCCGACAAAUUUCAUCCGGCUCAACUGGUGACCACACCAUGAACAUUGAUGCUUGUAAAGGCGAGGGUCCCUUGGGUCGGCAAUGGCUGGCCUGUGGGUUUCCGGAGAUGGCUCUCCAAUAUCCUAAACAGGGAGUGUUUUCAGUCACGUGCCCACAUCCAGAGAUCUUCUUGGUGGCAAGGAUUGAGAAGGUCCUCCAAGGAGGGAUCACUCACUGUACCGAGCCCUACAUGAAGAGCUCAGAUUCAGCCAAGAUGGCUCAAAAAGUGAAGAAGAAUGCAAAGUUGGCCUGCAAAAGACUCGGCCAGUACAGGAUGCCAUUUGCCUGGUCUGCAAGGCCUGUUUUUAGUGAUGCAUCUGGAACAUUGGACACAAGUGCUCGUUUCUCAGCUCUUUACAGACAAGAUAGCAGCAAACUGUCGGAUGAGGACAUGUUCAAACUGCUAGCUGACUUCAGAAAACCAGAGAAAAUGACAAAACUCCCAGUGCUGUUAGGGAACUUGGAUGUAACAAUUGAUUGUGUGAACCCAGAUAUGACCAAUUGUGUCACUUCCUCUUACAUUCCGGUGAGGAACUUUGAUGGGAAUGAGCCUGGCAGUGCCAUUCUCGAGGUGGAAGAGUUUGUACCCUGCAUCGCCAAAUGCUCCCAACCCUUUACCAUCUACAAAAACCAUCUUUACGUCUACCCAAAGCACCUCAAAUACGAUGGGCAGAAAUCUUUCCAUAAGGCAAGGAACAUUGCAGUUUGCAUUGAAUUUAAGGACUCUGAUAAAGAGGAAUCCCAGCCACUCAGGUGCAUCUAUGGUCAUCCCGGAGGUUCCCUAUUCACCCAGAAGGCAUAUGCAGCUGUCUUGCACCACCAACAGAACCCCGAGUUCUACGAUGAGAUAAAGAUUGAGCUGCCACCUCAACUGCACCAAAGGCAUCAUCUUCUUUUCACCUUCUAUCAUGUUAGCUGUGACAGCAAUGGCAAGAAGAAAGAUGUGGUGGAGACGCCAGUGGGCUCGGCAUGGUUGCCUCUACUAAGAGACGGUAGAGUCGUCGUGAAUGAACAGCAUGUACCUGUUGCUGCACAUUUGCCAGCAGGCUACCUUAGCUGCCAGGAUUCCGUCACCAAGCAUUCUGGCCCUGAAAUAAAGUGGGUUGACGGAGGGAAGUUUCUGUUCAAAGUCACAACACAUCUUGUUUCCACCGUUUAUACUCAGGAUCAGCACUUGCACAACUUUUUCCACCAUUGUCAAAUCACCAAAGUGUCAGAACAAGCAUCAGAGGGCGAUCUGGUCAAAUUCUUAAAGAGUCUCCAUGCUGUGGAGGGUCACGUCAUAGUGAACUUCCUGCCCACUAUCCUCAACCAGCUGUUCCGCAUCCUCACCAGUGCCUCACAUGAAGAUGUGGCCGUCAAUGUGACGAGGGUAAUGGUGCAUGUCGUAGCGCAGUGCCAUGAAGAGGGGCUCGGGCAUUACCUGAGGUCUUACAUUAAGUUUGUUUUUAAACCAGUGUCUUGUACCGACACCAAUGAAAAAACAGUUCAUGAAGAGCUGGCUAAAGCCAUGACAGCUAUUCUGAAGCCUUCCACCGAUUUCCUAACCAGCAACAAGCUGCUGAAGCACUCUUGGUACUUCUUUGAAGCACUUGUCAAAGCAAUGGCUCAAUUUCUCAUUUUGAGUGGUAAAGUCAAGCUCUCAAGAAAUCAACAUUUUUCCUGCUCCUUCUACCAUGCUGUCGAGACCUUGGUCAAUAUACUGAUGCCUCACAUCACCCAGAAAUUCAAGGACAACCUGGAUGUGGCACGCAACGCGAACCACAGCCUGGCAGUCUUCAUUAAGCGCUGCUUCACUUUCAUGGACCGAGGGUUUGUCUUCAAGCAGAUCAAUAACUACCUGAAAUUCUUCAUACCUGGUGACCCCAAGACUUUAUACGAAUUUAAGUUUGAGUUCCUGAGAAUUGUGUGCAGCCAUGAGCAUUACAUUCCUCUUAAUCUUCCCAUGCUCUUUGGAAAAGGCCGGAUACAGAGGUUCCAAGAUCUUCAGCUGGACUACUCACUCACUGAUGACUUCUGUCGAAACCACUUUCUGGUGGGUCUGCUGCUGAAGGAAGUCGGUGGCGCCUUACAGGAGAGUCGAGAGAUUUGUCAGAUUGCCACACAAGUGCUGAAGGGACUGAUGGUGAAACACACCUUUGACGACCGCUAUGCUGCUAAAAGCCAUCAAGCCAGACUUGCCACCCUCUACCUGCCUCUGUUUGGCCUGCUGCAGGAGAAUGUACACAGGCUUGAAAGCCAAGUGUUUGUACCUCCAGACCACCACAAGAACCCAAUGGAGGACUCACUCGUGGCGACCCCUCAGAAGCCUAGUACAUACAUAGACAGCGCUCUUCUUCAAAUCUCUGGAACCACCUCUCCUUACAGCUCAACGCCCAAUAUUGGCUUGGUUCAACAUGCAGGCUCCAGAGGCUCUCUGGUCUCCACCGACUCUGGGAACAGCCUUAUGGUGGACAAGAGCAGUAACAGGACAGAUUCUCUGGAGAAGAAGCAGUGUGCUUCAUCUCUGAGCAGUGCCAUGCUGCGUUGUGACAAACUGGACCAGGACGAUGCAAAAAACCUCCUCUUGUGCUUUCUGCAUAUCCUCAAGAGCAUGUCAGAAGAAGCCCUUUUUUCAUAUUGGAACAAAGCGGCGCCAUGUAUGCUAAUGGGAUUUUUUACAUUGUUAGAGUUCUGCCUUCAUCAAUUUAGAUACAUGGGGAAGCGCGUCAUUACCAGGGGUCAUGAAAGGACCGGGCCCCCGAGUACAGACAGGAGAUCCUUGACUUUGCCUGUGUCUCGUAAUAGGACGGGCAUUCUGCACUCUCGCUUACAGCCACUUGGGACUUUGGAGAACGCUCACAUGCUCAACAACAUGUACACUCACACAGAAGCCGAUUUGAGCAACCAAUGCUUGCUGGAGGCCAACAUGUCUACUGAAGUGUGUCUGACUGUGCUGGACACACUCACAAUUUUCAUUAUGGGAUUCAAGAGCCAGUUGAACUCAGAUCUGGGCCACAACCCCUUGAUGAAGAAAGUAUUUCAGGUGCAUCUGUGUUUCCUGCAGAUCCCUCACUCUGAGGCUGCCCUCAAGCAGGUCUUCAACUCCCUUAGAACAUUUAUCUACAAGUUCCCCUGCACGUUCUUUGAUGGGCGGGCUGACAUGUGUGCCAACUUUUGCUAUGAAAUCCUGAAGUGUUGCAACUCCAAGAUGAGCUCCCUCCGCAGCGACGCUGCUCAUCUUCUUUACUUCCUCAUGAAGAGUAACUUUGACUACACCGGACGUAAAUCGUUUGUCAGGACCCACCUGCAGGUGGUAAUUGCUGUCAGCCAGCUGAUUGCUGAUGUUAUUGGCAUCUGUGGCACACGUUUCCAGCAGUCUCUGUCAAUCAUUAACAACUGUGCAAACAGUGAUAAAAGCAUCAAGCAUACUGCUUUCCCAUCAGACGUGAAGGACCUGACUAAGCGCAUCAGAACAGUGCUGAUGGCCACUGAGCAAAUGAAGGAGCAUGAGAAUGACCCAGAGAUGUUAGUGGACCUCCAGUAUAGUUUGGCCAAGUCGUACACGACCACGCCAGAGCUCCGCAAGACCUGGCUAGACAGCAUGGCGCGGAUCCACAACAAAAACGGCGACCUUUCGGAGGCAGCCAUGUGCUACGUGCAUGUUGCUGCUCUAGUAGCUGAGUACCUGUCCAGGAAAGGAAUGUUCCGGCACGGCUGCUCAGCAUUUCGCGUCAUCACUCCAAACAUCGAUGAAGAAGCAGCCAUGAUGGAGGAUGUAGGCAUGCAAGAUGUUCACUUCAAUGAGGAGGUCCUGAUUGAGCUGUUGGAGGAGUGUGCUGAUGGCCUUUGGAAAGCAGAGCGCUACGAGCUCAUUACUGAUGUCUACAAACUCAUCAUACCCAUUUACGAGCAACGCAGAGACUUUGAGAAACUGACACACCUGUAUGACACCCUCCACCGUGCCUACUCUAAAGUUUUGGAAGUGAUGCAUACUGGCAAACGUCUGCUGGGGACGUACUUUAGAGUGGCUUUUUUUGGACAGGGCUUCUUUGAGGAUGAAGAUGGCAAAGAAUACAUCUACAAGGAGCCAAAAUUCACACCUCUGUCUGAGGUUUCCCAGAGGCUCUUGAAACUCUACUCCAACAAAUUUGGCCAAGAGUAUGUCAAGAUCGUCCAUGACUCUGGCAAAGUGAACCCAAAGGACCUGGACUCAAAGUAUGCCUACAUCCAGGUGACGCAUGUCGUACCAUACCUCGAUGACAAGGAGUUGGGAGAGAGAAAAACCGACUUCGAGAAAAGUCACAACAUCCGUCGUUUCGUGUUUGAGACACCUUUUACGGCGUCGGGCAAAAAGCAGGGUUUUGUGGAGGAGCAGUGUAAACGACGGACCAUUCUCACCACCACCCACUGCUUCCCUUACGUCAAGAAGCGCAUUGCAGUCAUGUACCAACACCACAGCGACCUGAGCCCCAUAGAGGUCGCCAUAGAUGAGAUGACCGCCAAGGUAGCUGAGCUGAGACUCUUGUGCUCGGCCACCGACGUGGAUAUGAUCCGCCUGCAGCUCAAACUUCAAGGCAGUAUCUGUGUUCAGGUCAAUGCAGGUCCUCUUGCCUAUGCCAGAGCCUUCUUGGAUGACACCUGCGCCAAAAAAUAUCCGGACAACAAGGUCAAACAGCUAAAAGAAGUUUUCAGGCAUUUUGUGGAGGCCUGUGGCCAAGCACUGGCUGUAAACGAACGGCUGAUCAAAGAGGAUCAGCAGGAGUAUCAGGAUGAAAUGAAGGCCAACUACAGGGACCUGACCCGGGAGCUGUCAGACAUCAUGCAUGAGCAGAUCAACCCAGUGAAUGAUGGCACCAGGACUUCUGAUGUGGACAUUUUCACAAACAAACUCCACCGUUCCUCAUUUUUGCAACUCACUGACACUUCUUUCAAGUCGUAACGUGAGGAAAUGGUGGAUGAAGCCGGUACCCACACUUCAUUUUUUUUUCUGCUCCUUCGCCACGUACUGUACUACAGCUGGACAAAAGUGCUCCUCUUGCUGUUAUUAACAUACCUCAGUUUUAAGGUCAUGGUGGGGUUCACUUCGGGUACUGUAAGAGAACAAAAUGAAAUAUAUAAAACUGUUAAGUAUUAAAAAUAUAUAUAUUUUACUUUAAAAACUGCAAACUACUGGCAGAUAAAUCUCCAAUAAAUACAAGUAUCCUAGCUGAAGUUAAAAAUUACCUUGACACUAUAGAGCAGUGUUUUUCAACCUUUUUUGAGCCAAGGCACAUUUUUUGUGUUGAAAAAUUCCGAAAACACACCACCAGCAGAAAUCAUUAAAAAAACGAAACUCAUGUACAGUUAAAAAGUCGUUGUCACAAUUGUUGUUUAUGACUUUCAACCAUAACCAAGCACGCAUCACUAUAGCUCUUGUCUCAAAGUAGGUGUACUGUCACCACCAAAAUAAGUCACGCGAUGUGACUUAUUUUGAGUUUUUUUGGUGUUUUCCUGUGUGUAGUCUAGUUUUAAUUCUUGUCUUGCGCUCCUAUUUUGUUGUUAAUUGUCAUGUCAUGUACGGAUGUACUUUGUGGACGCCAUCUGCUGCUACACACGGUGUAAGUCUUUGCUGUCGUCCAGUAUUCUGUUUUUGUUUACUUUGCAGCCAGUUCAGUAUUAGCUUCCUUUUGCAUAGCCAUCCCUAAGCUUCAAUGCCUUUUCUUAGCAGCACUCACCGUUUGUUUAUUUUUGGUUAGAUUAGAUUAGAUUAGAUAGUACUUUAUUUAAUCCUUCAGGAGAGUUCCUUCAGGAAAAUUAAAAAUUUCAGCACAAUCCCAUUCAAAAUCAGACAAACAUCACAGAGAGACAGAACAGGAUCGCUGACGGGUCUGCCGGCUUCCAGCGCCCCUUACAAAAAAGAUGAGAUACAGGUAAACAAGCAAUUAGCUACCUGCUGCCACCUACUGAUAUGGAAGAGUAUUACAUGGUUACUCUGCCGAUCUCUAGAAAGCACAGAGACUGGUUUGCAAAAAAUAUUUUUAACCCAAUUAGGUGAAAUUACAUCAUCUCCCACGGCACACCAGACAAUGUCCCACGGUACACCGGUGUGCCGCAGCACAGUGGUUGAAAAACACUGCUAUAGAGGAACAUGCAGAAGGUCAUUUAUUUAGAACUUACGUAAACUUUGUGGGAAAUGGGUAUGUCUCAGUAUCGAACUGAAUGUUGCAUACCGAAAUAAAUCCACUUCUAAAUACAUGUAUUGUUACACCCCUACUAGUCAUGUACAAACCCCGUUUCCAUAUGAGUUGGGGAGAUGUGUUAGAUGUAAAUAUAAACAGAAUACAAUGAUUUGCAAAUCAUUUUCAACCCAUAUUCAGUUGAAUAUGCUACAAAGACAACAUAUUUGAUGUUCAAACUGAUAAACUUUUUUUGGGGGAAAUAAUAACUUUAGAAUUUGAUGCCAGCAACACGUGACAAAGAAGAUGGGAAAGGUGCCAAUAAAUACUGAUAAAAUUGAGGAAUGCCCAUCAAAUACUUAUUUGGAACAUCCCACAGGUGUGCAGGCUAAUUGGGAACAGGUGGGUGCCAUGAUUGGGUAUAAAAUCAGCUUCCCAAAAAAUGCCCAGUCCUUCUCAAGAAAGGACGGGGCGAGGUACACCCCUUUGUCCACAACUGCGUGAGCAAAUAGUCAAACAGAACAACGUUUCUCAAAGUGCAAUUGCAAGACAUUUAGGGAUUUCAACAUUUACCGUCCAUAGUAUCCUCAAAAGGUUCAGAGAAUCUGGAGAAAUCACUCCAUGUAAGCAGCACGGCCCGAAACCAAUAUCGAAUGACCGUGACCUUCGAUCCCUCAGACGGCACUGUAUCAAAAAUUGACAUCAAUCUCUAAAGGAUAUCCCCACAUGGGCUCAGGAACACUUCAGAAAACCACUGUCACUAAAUACAGUUUAUCACUACAUCUGUAAGUGCAUGUUAAAGCUCUACUAUGCAAAGCAAAAGCCAUUUAUCAACAACAUCCAGAAACGCCGCCGGCUUCUCUGGGCCCGAGAUCAUCUAAGAUGGACUGAAGCAAAGUGGAAAAAUGUUCUGUGGUCUGACGAGUCCACAUUUCAAAUUUUUUGGGGAAAUAUUCGACAUUGUGUCAUCCGGACCAAAGGGUAAGCGAAUCAUCCAGACUGUUAUCGACGCAAAGUUCAAAAGCCAGCAUCUGUGGUGGUAUGAGGGUGCAUUAGUGCCCAAGGAAUGGGUAACUUACACAACUGUGAAGGCACCAUUAAUACAUCUAAGCCAUCUAUGCGCCGUCUCUUUCAUGGACGCCCCUGCUUAUUUCAGCAAGACAAUAGUGACAAGAGUGGGAGUACUUUCCUGGCCCGCCUGCAGUCCAGACCUGUCUCCCAUCGAAAAUGUGUAGCACAUUAUGAAGCGUAAAAUACGACAGCGGAGACCCCGGACUGUUGGAACGACUAAAGCUCUACAUAAAACAAGAAUAUGAAAGAAUUCCACUUUCAAAGCUUCAACAAUUAGUUUCAUCAGUUCCCGAAUGUUUAUUGAGUGUUGUUAAAAGAAAAGGUGAUGUAACACAGUGGUGAACAUGCCCUUUCCCAACUACUUUGGCACGUGUUGCAGCCAUUAAAUUAUAAGUUAAUUGUUAUUUGCAAAAGAAAAAACUAAAGUUUAUGAGUUUGAACAUCAAAUAUCUUGUCUUUGAAGUGCAUUCAAUUGAAUAUGGGUUGAAAAUGAUUUGCAAAUCAUUGUAUUCCGUUUAUAUUUACAUCUAACACAAUUUCCCAACUCAUAUGGAAACAGGGUUUGUAUUUGAGGUGUUUUAGCAGAGUAUAAACUUGCAUCUGUAUUUUGUUUAUUUACAUGUGUACCUUUUUUAACAUGACAUAAAUACUGUAUUUUAAAGCAGUGAAGAUGAACUCUCACAAUUCCAAAACAUUAUUUUGUGUAGAGACGUCCGACAAUGUGUUUUGGAUGGAUGUGAUGUAGUCAUUGACCGAUAAAUGUCUCUAUUGUUGUCUUUUAUUCUGGAUGUGUGUAUUUGUUAACAUUUGUAAGUACCUUUUAUAAAAAAUGUAUGUGACACAUA